GAGUCCGUGUUGCCCGUGCUAUAUUGUUGAUAAUUGCACGGGUACUGGUCAAKAACAAAAGGGCAAUACAGUAUAAUAACCAGCCUCUCAAAAUGGCGAAUAUCGUACAGGUCUUGUCGUUCUGUUUGCUAGUAAGUUGUGUCYUUGCAAGGCCACAGCAAGAUAAGAAAGGCAAGGAUAGAGUAUUCGAGGGUAAAGUUUCAACAGAGGACCACUUUAAGGGAGAAGAUCACAACGCCGAYUAUGACCACGAAGCAUUUCUUGGAGAUGAAAAGAAAACAUAUGAUCAACUAACACCGGAGGAAUCCARAGAACGACUCGCAAAAUUAAUAGAUAAAAUAGAUCAUAAUAAAGAUGGCAAAGUAAACCGUGAAGAACUAGAACAGUGGAUCAAACGAUCAGCAAAGAGAUACAUAUAUGAAGACGUAGACAGACAAUGGAAUCAUUUAAAGAAGAUAGAGGACGCCAAGCGACCAUUACAAGACAUUGCUGACGGUAAACAGGUUGAUCCUGAUGCCCCAUUUACCUGGGAACAAUAUAAAAACGAUACAUAUGGUUUCAUAAAAGAGGAUGAUAAAGAAGGUUAUAAUUAUGAUGAUUUAAUCCGCCGUGACAGGCGUCGAUGGGAGAAAGCAGAUAUCAACAAAGAUGAUAAGCUAASCAAAGAAGAAUACACUGCGUUUUUACACCCUGARGAAUAUGAAUACAUGAAAGAUGUUGUAGUUGAGGAAACUAUGGAUGAUAUUGAUAAAGAUAAAGAUGGRUACUUGUCAUUAGAUGAAUAUUUAGGUGAUUUAUAUCCUGAAAGCGAUAAAAAAGAUGGUGAAGAACCUGAUUGGGUGAAAACUGAAAGACAACAAUUUAUGGAUGUUAGAGACAAAAAUAAAGAUGGCAAAAUGGACAAGGACGAAGUACGGGAAUGGAUUGUCCCCCCUGAUUUUGAUCAUGUCGGUGUUGAAGUAACUCAUUUGAUUAAUGAAGCAGAUGAAAAUAAGGAUGGUGAACUAUCAAAGUCAGAAAUACUAGACCACCAGGAUGUGUUUGUUGGAAGUCAAGCCACAGACUUUGGCGAAGCUUUAACAAGAAACCAUGAUGAAUUUUAACAAGAUAGCUUAGUUUUCAAGGUACCCCCACCCCACCCARCACAGUCUUCUUGUCUUUUCAUCAAGUCGUUUAUUAUAAGAACACAUCAAAGGUUUAGAUGUUAUUAAUACAAGUGAACUUGAUAUUUUUGUAAACUUUUUUGCCCCCAAGAGACUUCCUUGAAGAGAGGAAAACCUAACUGUUUGUUAUGAAGACCUUACAGACAGUCCAUUACAGACAGUCUAAAGAUUUUUUACAGAAAUCCUGGCAUUUAGUGUUUUUAUUAACCAUUUUUCUGUGAUAUUAACCAACAGUUUUAAUACUUAUUGACAUGCGACAAAUGCUGUUUUCCAGAGGUUAAAUAGCUCCUUUUUAAGAAACAAAUACAAAAUUUUAUCAGAUUAUAGAUAGAGAUUUCUAAACAUCGUGUAUAUUUCGAAAAUUUACCAAAAUAAAGAUUAAUAUUGUUACGAUUUCAUGAAAAUGAGAUUAAAAUAUUUUGCUGUUUUGA